AUGGAUGGAUCGCCGCCCAAAGAUGAUGAUGGCCGCCCGAUCAACAUGGAGGGCCAAGCAGCCACAGCCCUGGCGAAGAUGGUGACCCCGGCGCCGGUGGCGAUGACGGACCUGCUGGGCGCGCUGGACAAGGACGCCGUCACGAUCGGCCGCGUGCUGGAGGCCGUGGUCACGAUGGCAGGGGACAGGCUGGACGACCAGAGCGACGCGGCGGCCAUCCAGGUCGCGGAGACGUGCGCCACGGGGGCCCACGCCACCAUCCUCGGAGGGGUGGCCGCCGCGGCGCAGUCAGCGGCUGAUCAGAACACCCAUGCCUUGCGCGACGAGGACAAGGUCAAGCUCUGGAACAUCCUCUCGAACGCGAGGGAGAGGCUGCCGGUGGACAAGGGGGCAGCGCGGGAGGACGCCGAGAGGGUGGUGUCUGCGGAGAUACCGAACAAGCUGGACAUGACGACCACGUCGGGCGGCGUGGCGGACGCGCACUCGCCCCGCCUCCUACUAUCCUCCCCAUCUGCUUCCGCCCCCGCCUCUCCGCCUCCUCGUCCUCCGCAUCCCCGCCGCCGUGCGACCGCGGCAGGCGAAUCCGGGGAGAAGAAGCCGCCGACCGCGAGGGCCAAGCGGGCCGACGCAGUGCCUGCAGCGGCGGCGGCCGGAAUGUCGGCCUCCGGUGGAGGAUCCUCGGGGAAGCGCACGGUGGCGGACGUGCUGAUGGGGAACGCACGGGCUGCCGCCAGCAAGGCGAAGAAGGCAGCGCCGUCCCCGAAGAAGCCCCCGGCGAAGACUGGCGGCGCGGAGGCCGAACCGGAGGCUGCAGUGGUGGCGGAGAAACCGCCUUCGCCGGUGAGGUCCAAGCGGGCGUCGUCCCCAGCGAAGUCCCCCAAAUUGCUGGCUGAUGGGCCUACAUCGCCGGCUAAGUCCAAGGGUCCAGCCGCGGCCGCUCAAUUGGAUGCGGCGAAGGAGAAUUCCCCGUCGCCAAAGAGGUCCAAAACCCUAGCCGCUAAAUCCGACACCCAGCCUUCUGGUGAAGGUGUUGUCUCGCACACCGAUGAGAAGAAGCGGGCCGCUUCACCCAAGAAGGCCAAGACCACAGAUUCCCCAAAGACAGAGGAGAAGAAUACCACCCUAGAGCUAAAGAAGAAAGGCAGUGAGUUUGACCCGAUGGCUGCUGCCUAUUGGAAGCCUGGUGAGCCCGUGCCAUUCCUGUUUCUGGCUCGGGCACUUGAUCUCAUCUCCAACGAGAGUGGCCGCAUCGUUAUUACAGAAAUCCUAUCAAAUGUGUUUCGCACAGUGAUGGCAACAACACCGGAUGAUCUCCUUGCAACUGUGUACCUCUCAGCCAACCGGAUUGCGCCACCUCAUGAGGGGAUUGAGCUUGGGAUUGGGGAUGCAUCAGUCAUCCGUGCACUUGCAGAGGCAUAUGGACGCAAAGAGGAGCAUGUUAAGAAGGACCUUAAGGAAUUGGGUGAUUUGGGGCUUGUGGCAAAAGCAAGCAGGUCAUCACAGAAGAUGAUGUUUAAGCCAAAACCACUGACAAUAGCUCGGGUGCUUAGCACUUUUCGGGCAAUUGCAAAGGAAUCGGGCAAAGACAGUCAAGAUAAAAAAAGAAACCAUAUGAAGGGACUUCUUGUUGCUGCAACUGACUGUGAACCCCAGUACAUCACGCGCCUUCUUCAGUCAAAGAUGAGGAUUGGGCUGGCAGAGAAAACUGUCCAAAUGGCUCUUGGGCAAGCUGCCGUAUAUUCUGACAAAAAUUCUUCGCCACCAAAAGUUCAAUCACCUUUCGAAGAGGCUGCAAAAAUAAUUAAACAAGCAUAUUCAGUUCUUCCAAUAUACGAUAAAAUUGUCCCAUCGAUACUUGAAGUAGGAGUUUGGAAGCUUCCAGAGACAUGCAAAUUUUCCAUAGGUGUCCCUGUUGGCCCUAUGUUAGCAAAAGCAACAAAAUCUGUCUCAGAGAUCAUUGACAAGUUUCAGGGUCUUGAAUACACUUGUGAGUACAAGUAUGAUGGUGAAAGGGCUCAGAUACAUUGCAUGGAGGAUGGUUCAGUAGAGAUUUAUAGUCGGAAUGCUGAAAGAAACACUGGAAAGUAUCCAGAUGUUGUUGAUGCAGUUUCUAGAUUUCGGAAGCCUACAGUCAAAUCAUUUGUCUUGGACUGUGAAAUUGUUGCCUAUGAUCGUGAAAAACAGAAAAUUUUGCCUUUUCAGAUACUUAGCACAAGGGCUCGCAAGGGUGUUACCAUAAAUGACAUCAAAGUUUCAGUCUGUACUUUUGGCUUUGAUAUUCUUUACAUAAACGGGAAACCUCUUCUCCAGGAACAACUCAAAAUUCGUCGAGAGCAUCUUUACAACUCCUUCGAAGAAGUGCCAGGUGUUUUUCAAUUGGCUACUGCAAUUACAUCAAAUGACCUGGAGGAGAUACAGAAAUUUCUUGACACAGCUGUCAACUCCAGUUGUGAAGGGUUGAUUAUCAAGACAUUGGAUAAAGACGCUACGUAUGAGCCAGCGAAGCGAUCAAACAAUUGGUUGAAACUGAAGAAGGAUUACAUGGAUAGCAUUGGAGACUCUUUGGACUUGGUACCUAUUGCUGCCUUCUAUGGUAGAGGAAAACGAACAGGUGUCUUUGGAUCAUUCCUCCUGGCAUGCUAUGAUGAGCAGAAUGAAGAAUAUCAAACAAUAUGCAACAUAGGUACUGGCUUUUCUGAGCAACAGCUUGAAGAACGCUCUGCGAGCCUUCGAAGUAAAGUGAUAGAAAAACCAAAGGCGUACUAUAGAUUUGCUGACACAAUGGACCCUGAUGUGUGGUUUGAGCCAUCAGAGGUGUGGGAGGUCAAAGCUGCAGAUCUGAGCAUAAGCCCUGUACAUCGUGCUGCUAAUGGUAUAGUCGAUCCCAAUAAGGGUAUCUCCCUAAGGUUCCCUCGUCUGUUGAGAUUACGUGAUGAUAAAAGCCCAGAACAAGCCACCACGUCUGACCAAGUCGCUGACAUGUACCGGUCUCAAAAGAUCAACCACGGUUAUAACCAGGAGGAUGAGGACGAUGACUGA